UAACGGCCCCCUUCGCCUCGUGUCCUCGUCGGCAUCAGCUGCAGUGGAAGUAGAUUUGUUUUUAAUAGCAAUUUAACGGAAUUUCCGUCCGGAUGGUGUGACGGACGACGAGAGUACGGCACUAAUAAAUACCAGUCCGCGCACUUCACCACAGACAACAAACCAGUUACCAGUAUUAUAAUUAUUGUUAUUACGCCGCGCGCCGUCGUUUUAAUGUUUUUAGUUUUAUGUUUUAUCACAAUCUCACUACCGUUUACCUCAGUAAUCUCACUUGACGAUUGACGACAAACGAAUGACUGGUCCGGCACUGCGGCACCGGAACGAGUUUCGUCCACGAUUAUUUGAAUACAAGAUUUAAUAAUAUCAUUUUUUUUUCAUUAUUUUGUUAUAAUAUUAUUGUCGCAAUGUCCUAUUAUCGUCUACGCAGCAGACAGGCUACUUAUUAUUUUAUUUGUUUUUAAUUGUUAUUUAAAUCUCCUACUUCAUCAGGAAUUACAAGAUGAAUGUCGUGUGAAACACUACGAACACCCCACCGACCAGUCGCAAUGGCCAAGUUCGUCGUUGAAUUUUCUCCUCCGGAAAAAAUUAAAUCAGAGCCAUACGAUGUUACAGAUUCAAUUGUAAACUAUCGUAUGGUAUUAGCACCAUUUCAAAAACAAACCCAAGUUGAAUUCAACAACAUUAAAUUAAAAGAAGUUGCUGUGAGGUUUUUAACAGUUGUCAAUCCUCUUGACAGACACGGACAGUUUGUUUUACCUCCUCCAAGUGAUGGUGUUUAUUUUGAUGUAUAUGAAUUCACCUUAGAACCUAAUUCAGAAUGUGAGUUAUCAAUAACUUGGCAGCCAUCUAAACAUGGAAAUAUGCGUAAAUUAAUUAGAAUAGAACAAGUCGAUAAUAAUAAAAAAUAUGAUUUUGUAAUUUUGGGGAAUUGCAAUAGUCCUCCGUACAAAAAGUUAAAGGGUGCUAUUUCAAAAUCAAAAAUUUUAAAUUUAACUAAAAAACAAUUAAAAUGUGGACAGGAAAAAGUACUGCCAAAUAAAACAAAACAUGUUAAUUCUAAGAAUGAAGGAAUUAUUCUAGUGAAACCCCCUGCAAAUGUACCAGAACCCAUUAUUGAAGAAACACAGCCUAUCAGACGACAAACCUAUUCAGUCAGAGAAAAAGAAAAUCUUCCUAUUUCAAAAAAGAUGAUAUUAGGUAGAGACACAUUACUCAAAAGUCCGGAACGCAGUAUUAAACGUCCAGAUCAGAGACGUCAAGAUCACGUUUUUAAUAAACAUUUUAACUUAAAGAAUCUAACUAAUAGUUCUAGCUCAAUGAGUGAUGAUUCAUUAGAGAAACCAUUAAACAAAAUUAUCAUGAACAUUUCUCAAUUAAAUGAAUUCUAUUUAACACCAUUAAAAAGUACUGAAAACUUACUUUCUCCAUUUAGUGUUAAGAAACAGUAUAAUAAUUUUGAUGGUCAAAUGAGUUUUGAUGUCACUGAUGGACCAUUGGCCUCUACUUUAUCAAAUUCUUCUAUAUUUGAACCACACGAUGAAUUGACCGCAGCUUUGGCUUAUACACCAGAAAAUCAUAAGCCAACUAAAGUGUGUGUGAAUCUCUGGAAUAAAUUUAUUAAGUCACCUGAAAAUGAAUUCACUAACAGUGGUACAAAUGUUGGGCUACAUACCCUCAACUCACAACCUUUUGUAUCUUCCUCAGAAGUUGAAUCUAACGACUUAGAACAAAAAUGCGAAUGGUCACCUACACAUACUUUUCAUAAACGUACAAUGAUUACUUGGAGUGGUACAAAACCAAAAAGACCGUCAUUUUCUAUUAAGUACUCUCCUUAUUACAAAUGUAGCCCGAAAUCAUCAAUGACGUCUAAGAACAAAGUGAAACAAUGCAGUACAAAUCCACGAACAACACGUUUGAAAUCUCCUAAACUUGAUAAGUAUGAUGAAUAUCUUAAGUGCUUAGCGAAUCCACAACUCCUAUAUCACAAUAAUGCUGAAGAUCCAUUUUUAAAAAUGUCUGAAUACUAUGAAGCAGAAUGGCUGGACCGCCAAGAAUCUGAUAUGAUUCGUUGGUUAAAUGCAAUGCUCACACCGACUGAAAAGCUGGUAGAUGAAGAGCAAUCUAGUGACUUAGAACAAGCAGCUAUAGCUUGGGUAGAAGCAUCUAAGACAUGUCAAAAAAAUAAACCUAUGCAAUUUGCCACCCAAAAGGAUCUGUUUGUAGCACAAAUGUACCGGCAGUCACCACAACAGUGGAGCGCAUUGCGCAAAGCCACAACAAAUCUUAUUACAUCUUCAAAUGUAACAUCUGUCCUAACAAAAUUAACCGUAUCGAUCGAAAAAGAUCUCAUUACUUUAAGAGAUGAUCGUCAAAUACAUUUGGAUUUAAGUUUAAAGAAAAAAAUUAUUGAUCUGCUAAAAUGUUACAAUCCUCUAUGGUUUAGAAUUGGCUUGGAAGCUAUAUAUGGUCAAAUUGUUCAUGUGAAACCUGGAUCUAAAGAUUUAGAUGGCAUUGGCUGGUUUGUUCGUAAAAAUCUAUUUAAUAAUGAUUAUGUCAAACAGAAAUUUACUAAAACUACUGUACUGCAAGUGAACCUGCCUUCAUAUAAUGCUGCCAUGAAAAAGUUUAUUUUAAGAAAAAUAUUUAUGCUCAUAUACUUUUUGGACCGCGCUAAAGAACAACAAUUGAUCAGGCAUAAUCCCUGCUUGUUUAAAACGAACUCGCCAUAUAAAAGUAGCUAUGACUUAAUGAUGGGAUUUUGUGCAGACAUGGUAACUGCACAUGGAGACAUAGUUCGUCGGCUGCGAAGUAUUGGUUACAACUUAACACAUAAACAAACGCAUUUGGAUGAAGUGAAUUAUGCAGUUAAGUCCCUAAACGACCUAAGGGAUGGCACCAGAAUUACUAGAGUAGUGGAGAUUUUAUUUAAAGGCAAUCCAUUGUCACAAAAGCUAAGACUUCCGGCUAUAUCAAAGUUACAGAAAAUCCACAAUGUUAAUUUAGCCUUCACGCGAAUAUCUGAACAUAUAUCUGUUGAGGGCAACAUUAACACUCGUGACAUUGUGAAUGGUCACAGAGAGAAAAUUCUAUCGUUAUUCUGGCAGAUUAUCUACAAAUAUUUAACCCCACGAUACAAUAACGCUGCUACGAAAAUCCAAAAUUGGUGGAGAAAUAGCAGUCUGAAACUGGUCAUAUCCAAAAGAAUCCGGGCCAAAACAAUUGCCAAGCGUCAUUUGGCCGCAUCUAGUAUACAAGCGCGUGUUCGAGGACAUUUAAUUAGAAAAAAAUGGCCUCAAUUGCGAGCUGAACUGGUUGAAAACCGUGAGAUGUUGCAUGCCGCUUCCACUACAAUCAAACAUUAUUUAAAAGACAAGCUAAAACUAUUAACAGAAGAUCGAAAACGGUUUAUAAUUUUAAGAAGAACGGUCGUGUUUAUCCAGAAAAAGUAUAGAAAUAAGAUGGCUAUGGUUAAAGAACAACGGAAGUAUUUAAAAUCGAAACAGUCAGCAAUAAUUAUCCAGAAAGCAUUUCGAGGUUUUAUACUGAGGAAACACUGGCCGGGAAUCAAGAACAAUCUAAUUGCAGAAAAAACGAAACGAGUUUCUGCAGCCAAUACAAUUAAGCGGUUGUUGCGAAAAAACUUGCCACCAACAGAAAAUCGUUUAACAUUUUUGAAGUUAAAACAUACUGUGUUGUACACCGAAAGUCGGUAUGUGGCAAACAAAAUGAUGAAACUGCAAAUGGAACGUUAUGCCGCUCUUAAAAGCGCAACCGUAUUCGUACAAAGACUAUUUAGGGCAAACGUGGCGAUGAAAAGAGAACGAACAAAUUAUUUGAAAGCCAAACGGUCGGCUUUGAUGGUCCAAAAAGUGUUUCGUGGUUUCGUGACCAGAAAACAUUGGCCAGAUGCUCGAAAACGUUUGAUGUUGGAAAACGAAAGACGGGUUAACGCCAUAAACACUAUCAAGCGGGUGUUGCGGAAAAACUUGCCACCAACACAAAACCGAUUAAUAUUUUUGAAGUUAAAACAGUCUGUGUUGUACACCGAAAGUCGAUACAUUGCAAACAAAAUUAUGAAAAUGCACACCGAACGUUACACCGCUUUAAAAAACGCUACUGUGUUUGUGCAGAGACGGUUCAGGGCCAACGUGGUAGGGGCAAGAGAACGAAAUCGAUAUUUGAACUACCAACGGUCGGCUGUGCUAAUACAAAAGACGUUCCGAUAUUUCAUUGCCAGAAAACAUUGGCCGGCGAUGCGAGAUCAGUUGCAGUUGGAAAAGGAGAGGCGCAUCGCAGCCGCCGACACGGUAAAACGGGCUCUGAGACGGAACCUGCCGAUGACCCAAGACAGAGCUGACUUUGUCAGAAUGAGAGCCGUAGCCCUGUUCGUACAGCGAGCUUGGCGAGCCAAGCGUCUGAUGAUGGUGCAGCGGGAAUGGUACACAACGUCGCAAUACGCUACUGUGUACGUACAGCGGACAUUUCGGGCAAAGGUCGCUAUGAGGUCGGGCCGCCGUGAGUACUUGAAGGCCAAACAGGCAGCGGUGCUCAUCCAAAAGAUAUACCGUGGUUACGUGGCUAGGAGUAUGUGGCCUGAAGUCCGAGACCGGUUGGCUACCGAAUGGGCAGAGCGGGUCCGUGCCGCCAACAUAAUCAAGCGGGCCCUACGACGCUGUUUGCCGGCCACCCAAGACUGGUUGUCCUAUAAACGACUGAGACAGUCUGUGGUAGCCGUUCAGAGGCGGUACCACGCUAAAGUUACCAUGCGGACACAGCGGGAAGCAUACCUGAUGCUCAGGUGCAGUGCGUUGGUGAUUCAGCGACGGUUCAGGGCUAACCGCAGUGCAAGACACGACCGCCACCUGUAUGUGCGACUCAAGACCGCGACUAUCGGAUUGCAGGCAGCCGCUAGGGGCCGCUUAUUUCGUCAGCUGCUAUGGCCAGCGCUGAUGGACGAGCUAACCAGCCGCCGACUCCUGUUGAUCCGGUGUGCCAACAUCAUCAAGCGAACAUUUAUGAAGCGUCUGGCCGACAAUGAUCGACAACGGUUCUUGGAGUUACAGCGUGCUGCGGUUAAGGUGCAGCGUUGGUUCAGAGUUUGUGUGCAGGCCCGCAAGUAUGCUAAACUGCGUGCCUCUGCUGUGAUAGUGCAACAGCGGUUUCGGGCCAACCGGGCUGCGAGACAACAGCGAGCAAAUUAUUUGCGCAUACGCAACUCAAUGGUCAUGCUGCAAGCCUACGUCAGGAGAUUUCUGGCACGCGUCAGGUGGCCUGUCGUGAAACGCAACCUACAAGCACAACAGGACCGGUUAGUUGUGGCCAGCAACACGGUCAAGAGGUUUCUGCGCCGGUGUCUGCCGACCACCCAUGAACAUUCCGAAUACUUGCGUCUGAGACAAGCUGUUAUCGUGAUACAGACUCGGUACAGGGCCGUGGUCGCAGCGAGAUACUGCCGUAUGGAAUACGUCCGGCUAAGACUGAGUGCUAUCAUAUUGCAGAAACAGUACAGGGAACGCAAAGUCAACCGGGCGGCAAUCUUUUUGCAAUCGCACGUCCGCGGAUACUUAGUGCGCCGCCAGUGGCCGCAGCUCAAGCAAUGUCUGGCAGCCGAACGAAAACUUGAGGCAGACUCAAAGCUGGAGAAGUACAAGGCUGCAUCCAAGAUACAAGCAGCUGUUAGAGGAUUUUUAACCCGCAAGAGAUUUCCCACGAUCAGAGAUGAGCUAAUAUCACAAAAACGUGUAUGUGCUGUCACUAAAAUACAGACCUUUUGGAGAGGUUACUGUGUUCGAAAAAAGUACCAGUGUCGACGUGAUACUGUCAGAAUGCCUAGAAGAAGUGCCCAAACGUUGGGCAGGAGACACAACGAUGUAAUGGACAUAUUAAAAAAGCAAAAGAGAAAUGAAUACUCGUACAAAGAACUUGCCACAGUCUUUUGGAAUUUGGACACUUGUACGUCGUUAUCCAAAGAGCUAUGUAUGAAGACAGCUGAUGGUGCCAUUGUAGAUUAUAUUUUCCAUUUCCUGCAGUAUUCCAACCAAUCACAACCGAGCAUUGAAGCUCGUGAACCUGCCAUCCGGGUACUUAUCAAUCUGCUUAGGUACCACGAAACGUCAUGGAUCAUUUGGACAAGGACAGUAAAUGCUGACAUGGUCAAAGAACUUAUUAAAAUGAUGAAGAUGAGCUGUGGCAAAUUUGGUUCAGCAAAUAAACUAUUCUGUUUAAUAGCCACCUUGAUAUGGAUAGUCUUGCAAGACCCUAAAAAGAAACAGUAUUUUAAAAGCUAUCCAAUUGCAGACUUUAAAUACAUGAUGGAUUCACUGAACAGGAGGUACAAAACACGCAAAAUAGAUAAGAAAUUAAUGGUGUUGCCAUCGACACGGCCCACAUGGUACAUUGGCUCCAAGUGUCAAAAAUGUUUUGAAUCUGAUCUCUUUGCCACAACUCAGGUCUGCAAAAUGUUGAACAUCAUAAAAUAAUUGAAACUAUUUUCUUACUAUUUAUUAUUAAUUAUUAUUAUGUUUAAGAUCUUUUAUUACUAUUAACUGUUAAAACUUUUUAAUUGUUUUUCUUUUAUUAUUUUAUAAUUUUAUCAAUUGAGUAUUUUAUUUUUUUACAACCUUUUGGUAUUUUACUAUUAAAAAUCACUUUUUUAUACGUCAGCUCAUUUGAUAUGAUUUUAAUGGAUUAUCUAUACAAUGUGAUUUAUUUUUACUACUAAAUUCAACAAUGAUCUAAAGAAAAUAUAAAAAUACAG